CACAGCAGCAGCAGCAGCAGUAGUGCUUGAGUUCAGGUCAGGAUGCCGAGCACUGGAAACAUUCAGAAAGUCACACGCCUCUCCUAGUCGGCAUAACCGACUACAGACAUUCCUCAUUACAGGAGGAACAGCUUAACUCUGGAUCUGGAGCUUUGUCCUCAUUUUUAAGUGGAGUAAGAUACGUAAGACUUUGACAAGAGUUGGAUCAAAUCUGAGGACAUUCAGAAGUGCGAUUACGUUACCUCAGACUCCAUCACUCCACCAAGAAGAGAAAUGAUGCUCACGAUCAAGUGAAAUGAUGUAUUUGUUUAUCAUGCUUACGCUUCUUGUGAAUUUCAUUUCUGUUUCACAAGGUCUUGCUGCUCUGAGUCCUUCUGAUGGCAGGGAUGGUGUUUAUGAAGACCUGAAGUGGAAGUCUCUGCUAUGUUGUGAGCUGCCCUUUGCUCAGACAGUUGACAGUGGUCUUUCAGAACACCAACCUGUAGAACAGUGUCAGCUGCUAAAUGCUACAAAACUGGAAUCCUCUGGUAAAUCACUUGCCCUUUCUGGAAACUGUUUGGACAUCCUGUGCUGGCUUGAAGGUGAACGGACAAAUUUGAUUUGCAAUGCAAAGAGCCACAGAGCAGCAGCUACUGCUAGUCUGUUCACUGUUAGUCCUCAACAAAUAGUUCUACAGAUGGAUAUACUUUCAGACAAAAACCAUACUGCUCAUUGUGCCGGGGAAGAUACUGCCAUGUGCUCCAUUUCUCUUCAUGGCAAUGACGCAACUGUCUUGUUGACCAUCAGAAUAUCUGCGAAUGGGACUACCGCACUGUUACCGAAGAUGCAAAUCAGUUCAUAUCAUCUAAGAAGACCAGACCCACCUGUCAAUCUGCAUUACAAUGUGACGACAGAAGGUGAAGUAAUUUUCAGAUGGAGCAGCACACAACCUGACAGUAAUGCCAUAAACUAUGAGAUCCGAUACUCUUCCAAUUCCUCGCUUCAGCAGUGGGAGGUGGUGAAGGUCAGAGGUCGUUCAUGGGUGCCUCUGAAUGAGCUCAGUUCUGGGAUCAGAUACACAGUCCAAGUGCGCUGCCAAAACAACUUCAACUACUGGAGUGAAUGGAGCCAACCUUUCUAUUUCACACUAGAUGUCAGUUACAUCCCUGCUGAAGUCUUCACGACACCCGGGUCAGAAGUAACAGUUUAUGCCGUCUUCCACAACCGCAGCUGGAGUGCGAGUAAAGCUGUGUGGAUGCUGAACGGGCAGGUGAAGAUUCCGGAAAGCCAGUACAGUGUAAUCAACGAUCAGGUUAGCGCCGUCACUAUGAAAGUAGACGAACCAGGGUUUGAUACUCUGAUGUGCUGCCACCAGUGGGGAGAGAGGUUCAAAUGCAUCAUCGCCUAUGCCAAAAUAUACACAGAAGGGAUGUUUAAUGCAGAUAUUACCUGCCAGAGCAAGAAUUCAGAGGUGGACACCAUGAGCUGUGAGUGGAAUAAAAGUGCUUGGGCACAGGUCAGACUCCUUUACAGACAAUAUACAUCAAUGUGUGAGACCAUAUCAGAGAUGGAGGGCACUGAAGAAGCUGAAGAAAACAUGUCUUUGGUGAAGGAGUGCCCAUCUGGAGCAGGAGACCACAGAGAAUGCACUUUAAGCAACCUUAGCCUGUUCUCUUGCUACAAAAUCUGGUUGGAAGUGGAAGGAGGGCGUGGCAAAGUGAGAUCGUUUCCUGUCUAUGUUGCACCAAUUGACUAUGUGAAACCAUCUCCUCCCUCAGUCCUUGAAGCGAUCACUUUGCCAAACAAAACCUUGAGCGUAAAGUGGGGGCGUCCCCAUUUACCUGUAUACGACAUGCAGUACGAGCUGCGCUUUGUGACUUUGCGUGGGAUGGCAAAUACGCAAUGGAAGGUCAUCGGUUCUCUACUGGAACCACAGGCAGAGGUUCCGCUUGAAGAUUCCUGUGUUCAGUUUAAAGUAGAAGUUCGCUGUAGAAGACUGAAUGGCUCUGGAUACUGGAGUGACUGGAGCAGGAGUCACACUUCGAUUGUUUAUAACAGGAAAGCGCCAGAGAUGGGACCAGACUUCUGGCGCAUUAUACAAGAGGAUCCUGUUAGGAGUGUGACAAAUGUCACACUGAUCUUUAAGCAGCCUGUUCUAGCAGGAGAUCCAUAUAGUUGUGUGGAGGGUCUCGUGAUUAAACACCAGGCCUCAGGGGGAGCCGUGUGGUCAAAUGAAACAACCUUGACUCAGUUUCACUCAUUCCAGUGGAGGAAGGAAGCACACACAGUCACCGUAAUGUCUCGCAACACUUUGGGCAUCUCUACACGGAAUAGCAACAUGACGCUUUUACAUCAACCCAAACGACGAUGUGUACGUUUAUUCAGCGGAGUUGCAAAUGCCAGCUGUGUGCAUCUCUCCUGGAGCCUGUUAUCUGAUCAACCGGUGCCUCAGUCAUUUGUCAUUGAAUGGAUAGACCUGAACAAAGACCCUGAACAAGACGUGUCUCUAACUGAGAGGCUACAGUGGGUCAGAGUUCACUCCGCAUCAAGGGAUCUCUCUCUUUGCCGUCGUUUUUAUGGCUCAGAGGAGUUCACAUUGUACCCAGUGUUUGCGGAUGGUGAGGGGGAGCCGGUUCGAUACACAGCUACUAGGAGUGACCCUGCAGCAUACAUACUGCUACUGAUCAUUGCGUUCCUGUCAGUGGUGCUGUUUGUCACACUUGUGAUGUCACAAAACCAGAUGAGAAAACUCGUAUGGAAGGAUGUUCCAAAUCCCAACAAAUGCUCCUGGGCCAAAGGAAUGGACUUCAGGCAGAUUGACACCAUGGAGAACCUGUUCCCUCACUCGGAGGGUCUCACUGCCUGUCCUCUGCUGCUGGUCUCUGAGAGCAUCUGUGAGGUGGAAAUCAUCGAGAAAUGUCAUCCUCUCAUGCUUGAACAUGAAAAAGACAAUGAAGUACUCAUUUAUAACUCUGGAAACAAGGCAAACACCGACUCUGCCUGUCUGGGAGACUCCUCGGAACCUUUAUCACUGCAGGCUUCCACUGCCGCUGCUACCCCAGAAACAUCAGGCCAGUCCUCAGUGACAUACUCAACCGUUCUCCUCUCCGAUCAGCCCACUCUCCUUCGAAAGCAGCAGGAAAGUCUGAGCAGCUCCAGUGAUGAAGGCAACUUUUCUGCCAACAACUCAGACAUUUCUGGCUCCUUCCCUGGAGGACUCUGGGACCUGGACAACCAUGUGUGCUCUGACAGUACCAAUCCUCGCCAUUCCAGCUCCUAUAACUCCGUGGAAGAGUUCUCGGAAACAUCAGAACAAGAUUAUGAAGCAUCGGAAAGCACUGGUGUAGCCAAAGACCUCUACUACCUCGAGAUGAAUGAGGAGGAGAAGCAGGAAGAAGAUGAGGAUAUUAAGGAAGCACAGGAUGGACAGGAUAAGAAUGAAAUAGUUAUGAGGGUGGACGCCAGGCCUCUUCUGGAAGGCAAAAAUUCCACAGUCGUCAAUUCCAAUAAUGUAUCUCGCAGCAUUCCGCUUUAUCUGCCUCAGUUUCAAACUGAAUGCAUUAAUCCGCCCUGAAAUAAUGAGAAUAGCACCACCUGGUGGUAAUGUGUGAUAAUGUUAUUCUUCACUGGAUGAAAGUCCAUAAAAUGCCUCAGUUACUUGAGCUGCAGGAUUUGGGAAAAAAAUCUAAUUGCAUUUUUUUUUUCCCCUGAUAAAAAUAAAAAUCACAUUUUUGACUGCUAUUAAAAGGUCUGGUUUCACAGACAGGGCUUAGAUUAAGCCAGGAUUAGGCCUUAGUUCAAAUUUAAGUAGCUUUUAUAAACGUGAUUGGUGUGCAUCUUGAGACAAAACAAUGACACUGACAUAUUUUAAGAUGUGUUAGUGCAAGUUGCUUUCGGUUAAAACAACUCAAACAUGCAUUUUAGUCUGGGACUAGACUUAAGCCUCGUCUGUGAAACCGGGGGAAAACGUUUUUUCUUUUUUUUUUUUAAGCUCCAGGCUGCACGAUUUGGAGAAGAAAAUCCAUCUGCGAUUUUUCUGAUAAAAUUAAAGCUUGAAGUUUUUUGGCUAAAAAAAUGUGAUUAUACAGUAUGACUAUAAAAUACAAUAUUACUAUAAAAUUGUACUUCUUAUUAACAUUUUUAUUAAGAUUAUUAUUAUAAAUGAAAAAAAUUAAACUAAAUAAAAAAUAAUUAAUGCUAUUGCAAUAUUUCACUGUAAAAUAAAAAGUAUUUAAGAAAGAAUAAAUAUAAUGAUAAUAAUAAUUUUAUUUUACAGUACAACUGUGAAAUUACAUUUCUAAUAUUAAUGGCUGUCUUAAUUUCUUCAUUUUUAAAAAUUAAACCAUCAACUACUGGGAAAACUGCACAGAGCCCUUAAAGUUUCUCUUUUGUUGACAACAGUUGGCUUCUCAUUACAAAUUUGAGAAGAUGGUUGGCAUGCUGCGUUUUUACGCAAUACAUGUUAUAAGAAAACCAAACACAGAGCAAAUGCAGAGAUUGUAUGGAGCAGCAUUUACUGAAACACAGUGAAACCAUCAGAUCAUGAGCUGCUUGUGUGUAAAAGAACACAGUGUGGCGCUUCACUCUGAAACAUGCAGUGCAUAUAUUUAUUUAAUUAAAUCGCAGCCUUUUAGAUUUGAUAAUCCCACUAAGCCAUAUUGCGAUUUUGGUUUUAUUUCCAUUAAUCGUGUAGCCCUACUUUCCACCCUCAACCUAUUUCCACCAAAAUCUUGAGUAAAACAACCAAAACAUUAUCAGUUUUCACCUCCUACCAGCUGAGUGUUUCAGAUGAUUCACUUCUAAUAUACAUUUUAAGGUUUACAGCCAGAUUUCCCAAGCUCAGUUGAUAAGGGCAUCCAAGCACAGUUUAUUCUCUGAAUGUCUCUGAUGGGUUGAUGAUCAGCCUGUCAUUGCAGGAACUCGCUGCUUUCCACCUUCGUCACACCGAACAUUUUGUAAGUGUUUGAAGGCUGAAGUAAAAUCAUAUAAAGACCACAUUAACUGGAAUGAAGUGCUUUAGAAGGAAGAGACUGAAGAAGGGACUUAACUUACUCUCUCUUAGUGUGGUGGUCACAGUCGCAGUCACGCUUUAGUGGCUGCUUGUGCAUUUCAGGUGCUUCAUUAAGUCCAGCUUAUAAGUGAAGAGACUUUUAAAGAGCCAUCCAUCUGAAUAUCAGCUUUGUGAAGAAAUAGCUUCUCAUGUCUGCAUUUACAUUGGGCUUAUUCAUUCAAUAUGAAUGUAUAUUUUGUUAGUGAGGUCUGUGUUCUUUGGAAACUCAAAUAUUUUGAGUCUACAAAAUGUCAUCUAAUUAAAGUGUAUGGUCGUUUUUGAUGAAAUGAGGGUUGAAUGCAACUCAAUGAAUAAAACUGGUUAAAUAUAUGUCAAUCAGUAAGAAUGUGUGUACAGUAUACACGUAUUUCUUGUCUAUUUUUCUGGUCAGAAUAAACUAUUUAUUGCA